AUGGAUUCAAAGCUUAGUGCUCACACUAGUGCCCUUAUCUCUGAUGACACUCUGUAUCGUAGCCUAGCUGGUGCUCUACAGUAUCUCACCAUCACUUGCCCUGACAUCGCAUAUGUUGUUCAACAGGUUUGCCUCUUUAUGCACGCCCCACGGGAACCACAUUUUCAGUAUUUGAAGCGUAUUCUUCGCUACCUAAAGGGCACUAGUGAACAUGUUUUUCAUAUUCGGCCCUCACCCUCGUUGAAAAUCACCGCUUAUUCUGAUGCCGAUUGGGAAGGUUGUCCGGAUUCUAGACGCUCAACAUCGGGGUAUUGUGUGUUUCUUGGAGAAAAUUUAAUAUCUUGGCCCUCCAAACGACAACACACUGUCUCCCGCUCCAGUGCUGAAGCCGAAUACCACGGAGUUGCCAACACUGCUGCAGAAACGAGCUGGGUUCGUAAUCUACUUCUGGAACUUCACAUACCCACUCGGGAGGCCACCAUUAUUUUCUGCGACAACGUGUCGGACGUUUAUUUAUCUGACAACCCCGUUCAACAUCAAUGA